UUGCAGCGCGUGCGCGUUCUGUCGGGAGAAGCUGGUAUGUCCUUCCGCACUUGCCGUAGGUUCCCGGCUCGCCCGACGUUGCCACCGCCUUUGUGAAGAGGCGAAAGCGCAGCUGGGCGCGGAGUCUCCGAGCGGCGGUUUAAGCGGAGAGAGGCCCCGCUGUCAGGAUUCCAGCCAUGUCUGACAAAAGUGAAUUGAAGGCAGAGUUGGAGCGCAAAAAGCAACGCUUGGCGCAAAUCAGGGAGGAGAAGAAAAGAAAGGAGGAAGAAAGAAAGAAAAAGGAAACUGAUCAGAAGAAGGAAGCUCUUCCUGUACAAGAAGAGUCUGACCUUGAAAAGAAAAGAAGGGAAGCUGAAGCAUUGCUUCAAAGCAUGGGAUUAACACCAGAUUCUCCUAUAGUCCCUCCUCCUAUGUCUCCAUCUUCCAAAUCUGUGAGUACUCCAAGUGAGGCUGGAAGCCAAGAUUCUGGUGAUGGUGCUGUUGGAUCUAGGACGCUGCAUUGGGAUACUGAUCCAUCAGUUCUUCAGCUCCACUCUGAUUCCGAUCUGGGACGUGGGCCUGUUAAACUUGGAAUGGCUAAAAUUACACAAGUUGACUUUCCUCCUCGAGAAAUUGUUACAUACACAAAGGAGACUCAAACACCAGUUAUGGCUCAACCAAAGGAAGAUGAUGAAGAUGAUGAUGAUGUGGUGGUACCAAAACCAUCAAUUGAACCCGAAGAAGAAAAAACAUUGAAAAAUGAUGAAGAGGAGGAAGCUGCCCCUCAUGAGCUUACAGAAGAGGAAAAACAGCAAAUUUUGCACUCUGAAGAGUUUUUAAGUUUCUUUGACCAUUCUACAAGGAUCGUAGAAAGAGCUCUUUCUGAGCAGAUUAACAUUUUCUUUGACUACAGUGGAAGAGAUUUGGAAGACAAAGAAGGAGAGAUUCAAGCAGGCGCUAAACUGUCCUUAAACAGACAGUUUUUUGAUGAACGUUGGUCAAAGCAUCGUGUUGUUAGUUGUUUGGACUGGUCAUCUCAGUAUCCAGAAUUGCUUGUAGCCUCCUACAACAACAAUGAAGAUGCCCCUCAUGAGCCUGAUGGUGUGGCUCUUGUGUGGAAUAUGAAAUACAAGAAAACUACCCCGGAGUAUGUCUUUCACUGCCAGUCAGCAGUGAUGUCAGCUACAUUUGCAAAAUUUCAUCCAAAUCUGGUAGUUGGUGGCACAUAUUCAGGCCAAAUUGUGCUAUGGGAUAAUCGCAGCAAUAAAAGAACCCCAGUGCAGAGAACUCCACUUUCAGCUGCUGCUCACACGCACCCUGUGUACUGUGUAAAUGUGGUUGGGACCCAAAAUGCUCAUAAUUUGAUUAGCAUCUCAACUGAUGGAAAGAUAUGCUCGUGGAGUCUGGACAUGCUUUCCCAACCGCAGGAUAGUAUGGAGUUGAUUCAUAAGCAGUCCAAGGCUGUAGCUGUCACGUGCAUGUCUUUUCCUGUUGGAGAUGUCAAUAACUUCGUCGUUGGAAGUGAGGAAGGCUCUGUGUACACAGCAUGCCGCCAUGGCAGCAAAGCGGGAAUCAGUGAGAUGUUUGAAGGACACCAAGGACCAAUCACAGGUAUCCAUUGCCAUGCAGCAGUUGGACCUGUAGACUUCUCUCAUCUUUUUGUCACCUCAUCAUUUGACUGGACAGUAAAGCUUUGGACAACUAAGAAUAACAAGCCUCUCUACUCAUUUGAAGACAACUCAGACUAUGUUUAUGAUGUGAUGUGGUCUCCCACUCACCCUGCUCUGUUUGCUUGUGUGGAUGGAAUGGGUAGGCUUGAUCUGUGGAAUCUCAACAACGAUACUGAGGUGCCAACUGCAAGCAUUACUGUGGAGGGUAAUCCUGCUCUUAAUCGUGUGAGAUGGACACAUUCUGGACGAGAGAUUGCUGUAGGUGAUUCAGAAGGACAAAUAGUUAUAUAUGACGUGGGAGAGCAAAUUGCUGUUCCCCGCAAUGAUGAAUGGACACGUUUUGGUCGAACACUAGCAGAAAUUAAUGCAAACAGAGCUGAUGCAGAGGAGGAAGCUGCAACCCGCAUACCUGCCUAAAUCUUUCAAAAUGGGUUAUAGUAGUGGAUUUGGGAAUGACUUAUGUAAGUUUUCAGAGUAAUAGCAUGCUUCAGUCUAACUGAUAACCUGAGGAGAAAUGUGGAAUAAACUGUGGAUUUUGAAAGUGUAUAAAAUCACUGAAAAUUGUCUUGCAAUGUCACUUUUUUAUAUAUAAUUACAAGCACAUUAUUGAAUUUAAUAUUUAAUACAGCUGCCCUGACUUAGCAAGAAACAUUUUGCUGAAACACUAACCUAGAUGUAUAUUAGCUGUAAUGCUGUUGAAUUUUUCAACUAACAGUAUGUAACUAUUUCUGAAGGAUAAACACAAGUUCCAUUUCUCACUCAACUUCCUGUAUUGCACUGGCUAACUUUCAUUAGGUAGUUAAUCUCUGAAGAUUUGUUAUUAGGAUAUUAGAACUGCCCACGGAAGUGCAUGCAUCUGUUCAAAGUAAACCUUCAUCCUGUUUUUUACUUGCUCUUUUUUAAUAAACAAGUAAGGCUAAGGUAGUAGGUUAUGUAUACGAAUAAAAUCAUUAGUCUGUAAAACUUA